UCGUUCCCUGGGAAAAGACAGCAGCAACCAGGUGUGGCAGUGGCAGGGAGCCAAAGAUUCCAUCCCCAUAGGGUCACAGACUUGAAGAACUCUCAACAUAAGGUGUGAAUGAGGCAGGAUGAACUGGACAGGUUUGUACACCUUGCUCAGUGGCGUGAAUCGGCACUCUACUGCCAUUGGCCGAGUUUGGCUGUCAGUCAUCUUCAUCUUCAGAAUCAUGGUGUUGGUGGUAGCUGCAGAGAGUGUGUGGGGUGAUGAGAAGUCUUCCUUCAUCUGCAACACCUUGCAGCCUGGCUGCAACAGCGUCUGCUAUGACCAGUUUUUCCCCAUCUCCCACGUGCGUCUGUGGUCCCUGCAGCUCAUCUUAGUUUCCACCCCAGCUCUCCUCGUGGCAAUGCACGUGGCGCACCAGCAGCACAUAGAAAAGAAAAUGCUACGGCUUGAGGGUCAUGGGGAUCCUCUCCACCUGGAAGAGGUGAAAAAGCACAAGGUGCAUAUCUCAGGGACACUGUGGUGGACCUAUGUCAUCAGCGUGGUGUUCCGGCUGCUGUUCGAGGCCGUAUUCAUGUACGUCUUCUAUCUGCUCUACCCUGGCUACGCCAUGGUGCGGCUGGUCAAGUGUGAGGCCUACCCCUGCCCCAACACAGUGGACUGCUUCGUAUCCCGCCCCACCGAGAAAACCGUCUUCACCGUCUUUAUGCUCGCAGCCUCCGGCAUCUGCAUCAUCCUCAACGUGGCGGAGGUGGUGUACCUCAUCAUCCGGGCCUGUGCCCGCCGUGCUCAGCGCCGCUCCAACCCGCCCUCCCGCAAGGGCUCGGGCUUCGGCCACCGCCUCUCACCUGAAUAUAAGCAGAAUGAAAUCAACAAGUUGCUGAGCGAGCAGGAUGGCUCCCUGAAAGACAUACUGCGUCGCAGCCCGGGCACCGGGGCUGGGUUGGCUGAGAAGAGCGACCGCUGCUCAGCCUGCUGAUGCCACAUACCAGGCCACCUCCCAUCCCGCCCCUCACCCAGCCCAGUCCUGCCCCUCCUUCUCCCCUGCCGGUGAGCAGGCCUCUGCCUGCUAGGGAUUAUUCCAUCAAAACCUUCCUUCCCUCCCUAUUCCCCUUCCUCCCAGAGCCUCCGGUCUGAGAAGCUGGAGGGCUGAAGAGCUGGAGACCACCUCUGCCCCAGUGCUCAAGGUUACUGGAGGUGUGGGCAGCUCUGGUUGCCAGCCCCUUCCUCUUCCCUCUCACGUUCCCUGGGACCACUGAGGACAAGAGAUGGAAUCCUCUGACAGUGUUUCCAAUUAUGAAACUAAUCUUAACCCUAUGCUGUCAGGUACCCCAUUUCAGGAGUCACAUCAGUGGGGAGGGAUAUGGGCAAGCGGGGUGGGGGAGGGGUUCUGUAGACAUGUGGAUGAAGAAGGGAGGGGAGCAAACACAAGAAAAGGAAGAACUGUGCUUGCCUUGCAGCCCGCCACAAGGAAAAGGAAGAAAUGUCUAGGGUGAAGGAGUUAGGGAGGGAGAAGCAGGCAGAGAAGUUGGAGUGGGGGUUGGUCAGGGCUGCCCCUGUCUCCAGUUCCCAAGGCCAUCUCUCUGCCUGAAACGUUACACAUUAAACAGGAUUUUACAGUAAAGAGGCGGUUCGAGUG